UUUCAGUUUCAUAGAGGAUGAUCGCUCUUCGGAUAGGGCUACUUUUAGCCCUCGGUUUAACCUUGGCUUUAGCCGAAGACGAGGUUAUCAAAUGUCCUGGAGGUGAAUGUGUGAAGCUACAUCUCUGUCGAGAUGGUGAAAUAGUAACGGACGGAUCUAAUCUGAUUGAUAUUCGAUUCAAUCCAGACGAUCCAUGUGAACACUAUCUUUUGAAAUGCUGUGCUGUCCCAGAUGGUGAAGAUGGUGACAUUAUAGAGCCCCCUGCAACUGGGGAUACGGAAUUUAUUGAGCCAUUACCUUCUGGUCCACAAUCCGAAAAUCUAGUGGGUUCAAAUUCAGGAUCAUCAGGACCGACAACAUCAUCAGGAUCGUCAGGAUCAACAGGAUCGUCAGGAUCGGCAGGAUCGUCAGGAUCGGCAGGAUCUUCAGGUUCGGGAGUAUCGUCAGGACCAUCUGGAUCAUCAGAAGGACAGCUUCCAGUUCAUGGUCGUGAGCAGGAGGGAGUAAUAGAAAAUCCCGGUAAUUAUCUCGGUGGUAGUUAUGCACACGGUGGUGGUAGUUUUAGUGGCACUUUUUCUCAAAGUAGUAGUAGCAGUAGCAGUAGCAGUAGCAGUAGCAGUAGUAGUAGCAGUCAAAACUACCAACAGCAAUGGACUGGUCCGCAAAGACCAUUUGGAAUGGGUGUUGGUGGUGGUGGUUCUAAUAUAGGUGGUUCAUCUGGAUAUGGUACAGGUCACCCGGGAUCCAUAGGAUACAAUACCGGUCAUCCGGGAAUCAAAGGUCAAGAAUCAGGGCAAACGAGCACUGUAGGACACGGCACAGCUCAAGCAGGACACGGUACAAGUCAAUCGGGAAUCAAAGAACAAGGUACAGGACAAACAGGACAAGGAACAGGUGAAAUUGGAUCUCUAGGACAGGGAGGGGGGAAACCGGGUUCGUCAGGACAAGGAAUAGGACAAACGGUAGCUGUAGGAGAUGGCAUAGUACAAACGGGGCAUGGCACAUCGCAACCAGGAUCUGUAGGAAUCGGCACUGGACAAACAGAGCAUGGCACAGGGAAAAGUGAAUCAAUGGGACAUACUAUAAGUCAAACAGGUACUACUGCCGCAGGCUCGCUAGUGUCUCAGCAUGAAACAUCGGGGUACAACCGAACCGCAUUAUCUUCUGGAACCAUGCAUGGUUCAACAGGAGGAACUGUAAGCUCAGAAAACGCUGGGUUAUUAGGCGGCAGUUCAGCUGGAGGUUAUGACAAUACUGCAACGCAUAACCUAGAAGGUUCAAAUAUGUUUGCGGGAGAUUUGCACGGUGGCACUGCUGGUGCGAGUGGAACUCACACUGGAGGUCACUCUGUACAAGGGCAGAUAACUGGAAACCAUGCGGGAGAAUCCACGCACCAAACAGAACAGUUUGAACAUGUAAGUUCAACUAACGUAUCUGGUGGCCAAACAGGAGCUUAUCAAGCUGUUGGUUCUGAACAGCAUGGUGCUGAAAAUGCAAUGUACGGAACAGGUAAUAUAGUACAUGGUGUAGGCACAGUCACUAAAGAUCAAACUAUGGAUACAUCAAACGUGAAUGCUGGAAGCUCGAAUAAUUCUGGUACCUCACAGCAAGGACAAGCAUCAUUGAAUCAAUACCAAGAUAACAGCUCAACUGCCAGUCAUACCUCCCAAAACACUCAAAGUACAAAUAAUGUUGAAUCAAAUCAAGGGCAUGGACAAAGCCAUUCAGGCCAAACAGGAGCUUAUCAAGCUGUUGGUUCUGGACAGCAUGGUGCUGAAAAUACAAUGCACGGAACAGGCACAGUCACUAAAGAUCAAACUAUGGAUUCGUCAAACGUGAAUGCUGGAAGCUCGUAUAAUUCUGGUACCUCACAGCAAGGACAAGCAUCAUUGAAUCAUCAUUACCAAGAUAACAGCUCAACUGCCAGUCAUACCUCCCAAAACACUCAGAGUGCAAAUAAUGUUGGAUUAAAUCAAGGGCAUGGGCAAGGCCACUCAGGUUCUAACACUGUGAAUCAUUACGAAGGUGAUGGAUGUACUAGUCACACUCAAAAACACUCCACACACAAACAACACCAUGGACAUGUUGAAGGCAAUCAACAAACACAUAACAGCUACGGUAGUGGUUACAAUAAUAUGUAUUAUGCUGGUACCACAGUCAAUCCGAUUUUACCUCCUCAUGAAAACGUGGGAUGUGGUUUCCGCAAUCCGGAUGGAGUUGGCUUCCGUAUCACAGGAAACUCGGAUGGCGAAGCGGAGUAUGGAGAAUUCCCCUGGAUGGUAGCAAUUUUGAAGGAGGAAAAAGCUUUGGAUCAGGUCAUCAACGUAUACCAAUGCGGUGGUUCAUUGAUUCAUCCGCGAGUAGUUUUGACGGCUGCUCAUUGUGUCCAAAAUAAGCAACCCCACGAAAUCAAGGUUCGCCUGGGUGAAUGGGACACACAGACAACUAAUGAAAUCCAUGACCAUCAGGAUCGCAAUGUCGCUGAAAUCGUUGUUCACGAUAAAUUUUACAAAGGAGGGCUAUUUAAUGACUUUGCCUUACUAUUCUUAGACAAGCCAGUCGAGAUUAUUGAUACAGUCAACACAGUUUGUCUACCGCCUCAAGAUUUCAAUUUUGACCUCAGUCGUUGUUUUGCCUCUGGUUGGGGUAAGGAUGUGUUUGGAAAGGAAGGCAAGUAUCAAGUCAUUUUAAAGAAGAUCGAGCUUCCCGUUAUGCCGUUCAAUAAAUGUCAAGAUGCUCUCCGGACAACUCGUUUGGGUAAAAGAUUCAUCCUCAAUAAGAGUUUCAUUUGCGCUGGAGGUGAACCUAAAAAGGAUACGUGCAAGGGAGAUGGUGGAUCCCCGCUAGUGUGCCCGAUUCCUGGAUCGCCAAAUCGCUUCUAUCAGGCAGGAAUUGUCGCAUGGGGUAUUGGAUGCGGUGAACAUGGAAUUCCUGGCGUCUACGCAAAUGUAGCUGGAUUCAGAACCUGGAUCGAUGGACAUCUGACUCAGCGCAGCAUUCCUCACGAUUACUAUAUUGCUGUUUGAGACUGAGAAAAUUGUACAGAAAUAUAUGUUUGGUACGAAUUAUUU